AUGUUCUGCCAGCCUGUUACCUCGAUCCCACAACCACCCACCACCCACCCUUCGUGUGCUGUUCCCAUUGGCGGUUCCAACAGCUCGAUUCUGGAUGCUUGCUGCAACGGACACAUCAAUACCAUUGCCACGUAUUCCGCGCCAGAAACAGCAUCCUCCCCAGGUUCUGCUACUUCCAAACCUGUCAUCGUCAACUCAGAGGACAACGACGACUGCUUUCAGUACUGCAUAACUGACUCCCCGGACAUUGUUCAAAGCUGCCUUGCUGAGAAGAUGGCGGCAUUUGAAAAAGAGAGUGCAAGUGGAAAAGGCAUGUUUGGAUGCUUCAAUGUGCAGAAGGCGCGCAGCGCGAGAAGGGCCACCGGCGGCAACGAGGGAUCGUAUGCGAGUGCUGGAUUGAGGAUUAGCGGAAGUGGAAGUUGGGCCCUUUCCAUCUUGAUGGCUUUGAGUGUUGUUGGUGCCUUUAUGUGAAGAUGAGGCAUCGCUGCAGGGGGGAAGAAGACUACAUCGCUUGACAAGAGUUGGGAUCCGCGAUGAUAUUGCAUACUCAAUUUUCGCAUCAGCGCUGAUGCUGAUGGUAAUGAAUCACGACGCAUAGUUUGGAGUUAGACUGCAUUGUUCAAUCAAGGAAUCGUUUGC